AUGUGCUACGACCGCUACGUUGCCAUCUGCAAACCCCUGCACUACGGGACCUCCUGGGCAGCAGAGCUUUGUGACAAUGGCAGCAGCUGCAUGGGCCACUGGGGCUUUAUCAAUGCUUGCUGCACACAAGGCCAAACAUUUUCCCUGCCCCUGUGCCAGGGCAAUGCCCUGGGCCAGUUCUUCUGUGAACUCCCACACAUCCUCAAGCUCUCCUGCUCACACUCAGGCUACCUCAGGGAAAUUGGGCUCAUUGGGGUUACUGUCUGUUUAGUGUUCAGUUGUUUCAUUUUCAUUGUUUUCUCCUAUGUGCAGAUCUUCAGGGCUGUGCUGAGGAUCCCCUCUCAGCAGGGACGGCACAAAGCCUUUUCCACGUGCCUCCCUCACCUGGCUGUGGUCUCAAUCUUUGUCAGCACUGGCGCAUUUGCCCACCUGAAGCCCCCCUCCAUCUCCUCUCCAUCCCUGGACCUGGCCCUGUCAGUUCUGUAUUCAGUAUUACCUCCAGCACUGAAUCCCCUCAUCUAUAGCCUGAAGAACCAGGAGCUCAAGGAUGCCCUGAGAAAAAUGAUGACUGGAUGCUUUUCAAGAGCAAUAACCUGCCUCUUUUCUUCUGCACAACACUCAUUGUGUAACCCUUUACUGGCCCAGCCUGCUUUCUAA